CCUUUGACCUGGUUAUUGCAUUCCGGAGAGGCUUGUCCUGCAGCAGCACCACAGCCAGCACUCACUCACUCACUCACUCUGCUUCUGUGCUACAGAGAGACGAUGGUUGUUGUGCUCGUUUAGACAAAACACUGGACACAGUAGUGGUAGUAUUCACAGACGAGCAGGCACCGUAGUGUUGUCUUGAGCUAAAAGGAACAUCUUGUCUUGGCUCAAACAUAGAACGUAGUUAGCCAUUUUGCUAAGCAGCUAAACCGCCAUCGUAUUGAGGUUGCUUUGUAGACGCACAGCAGGCUAGCCGCAGACACCAGCGCAGAAGAAAUGAAGGACAAACAAAAGAGAAAGAAGGAGCGGACCUGGGCUGAGGCGGCUCGUAUGGUGUUGGAGAACUUCUCUGAUGCACCCAUGACUCCCAAACAAAUUCUCCACGUCAUCCAGACCAAGGGGCUGAAGGAAAUGAGGAGUGGAACAGCUCCUUUGGCCUGCCUGGUCACAAUGCUGCACUCUCAGGUAAGGGGAGACAGAGUUAAGAACAGCAUCUUCUUUAAACUGCCUGGACGGAUGAGCCUGUUCACCCUAAAGAAGAAUGCCCUCCAGUGGACAAAGACAACCUCAGAGUCAGAGGCAUCAACUGAGGCAGCUGGCAGUACUUCCCAGCCAACUUCCAGCAGCAGCACCCCUGCAGCAGGCUCGGCUGCAGUCCCCAUUGGCCCUACUGAGGCCACUGAGCAGGAGAGCUGUGACUCCACUGAGACCACUGCUGCCGCCAGCGGAGACAAUGACGCCUCGGUGGAUGAGAGCUCGUCCAGCACCUCCUGCUCCACAGAGCCUCAGGCUCCCAGCACCCAGCCUCAGACCCGCCUCAGCAGAGCAGCAGGACAGCAGGGACGCACAGACACACAGCAGAGCCAACAUGCUCAACACACUCAGACCAGACUGAGCCGCUCCAGACAGUCAGGGAGGCAGAGGAAGAAAGCAGUCAUGAUGCCUCGUGUUGUCCUCACCCCUCUUAAAGUAAAUGGAGAGCAUGUCCCAACAGGGCCCAUGAAGAGGAGUCGAGGAGGAGUGGAUGUAGACUUUGAGACACCAGGCUCAAUCCUGGUUAACACCAACAUCAGAGCCCUCAUCAAUGUGCGGACCUUCUCAGCGUUUCCCACACACUCUCAGCAGCAGCUGCUGCAGUUGCUGCCCGAGGUGGACCGACAAAUUGGGCCUGAUGGAAUGGCCAGACUGAGUAGUUCAGCUCUGAAUAACGAGUUCUUCACCCAUGCCUCCCAGAGCUGGAAGGAAAGGCUGGCUGAAGGUGAGUUCACCCAUGAGAUGCAGGUGCGUUUUCGACAGGAAAUGGAGAAAGAGAAGAAGGUUGAGGCAUGGAAGGAAAAGUUCUUUGAAGAAUACCACGGGCAAAAGUCUGGCCUGACACGAGAGGAGUCCCUUAAGCUUACCAUGAGUGAAACCAAUGAAGUUGCAGCCAGUGUGCUCGACAGUGAUGUUGCUGUUGUCGCAACUGGUGCUCCCAAGAGACGCAGCGUAGGUCGACGAAGGAGAGAUGGCAGGAUGAGGAGACGCACGCGGGCUGACCUGCGUCGCAGAGCACGCAGGACCCUAUGUAAGGCCCCUGCUCCUGCCUUACAGCCUGAAGAAGCAACUGAGAGCAGUGCUGCAGUGGACAUCUCAGCUGUCUCUACUGCCUCUCCCAUGUCUGACAAUACAAUGGUUCAAGGAGAGGUGGUGCUGCAGGCGGAGUGUGGUGUGGAGCUUCCACCUGAGAGUGCCCUCAUUGAGCCAAAGCCCUCCCCCAGUCAAUUGUCAGUGUGUUUGCCAGCCCCCACUCCUACGCCUACUCCCACUCCCAGCCCUACUUCCACCAGUGCAAAUGAGGAGCCUGAACUUACCGCCUGUCUACUCCCUGAAGAGCCUGCACCUGUCUUGGCUUCCACCUCCUCCCCUUCCUCCUCCUCCUCUUCUGUUUCAUCUGCCUCUUCACCCGCCUCCUCACCCUCCUCACCUUCAGAUGGACAAGGAGCUUUUGCCGCAGGUCUAGACUCAUCUUCAUCCUCCUCAGCGUCCUCCAGUGCUGCAGUUGCAGCCGAUCCCCUCGAUGAUACUGCCUCAGUGGUCACGUCCAUCACAGGGGGUACCGCCACCAGCAGCCGAGAGAGCAGCCCUUCGGCAAGCCCAGCCAGCACACCUGUACCCAAUGCUCAGCUUAAGGAGCAGAAGAGAAGGCCAGAUGAGAGUCAGGCCUUCUCCAGCUUCCCCGAAAAGAGGCCGCGGCUCGACGACCGUCAGUCCUUUCGUACCACAAUUGACAGUGUCCGUUCGGAGAAGCCGCAGCAGACAACAGAAGAACCCAAGGUGCCGCCUAUCCGGAUCCAACUGUCCAGAAUCAAACCUCCCUGGGUUAAAGGGCACCCCACCUACCAGAUCUGCCCACGGAUCGUGCCUCCCGGUGAGGGCUCUCGGCGGUCGGGGACGGGGGGCGCACGCACCUUGGCAGACAUCAAAGCCCGUGCCCAACAAGCCCGGGCCCAGCGCGAGGCCGCUGCUGCUGUUGCAGCCUCUGGCGACGGGGCAGGGCCGGCCACAGUCAGGCUGCGGCCUGCUUCUGGGCUACCGGAUAGCAGCAAUGGACGAAGAGCACAAGAGCAUCCAGGACCUAUCGAGCCCGGAGGAGGAGGAGGAGGAGGAGGAGGAGGAGGAAGAGGAGGAGGAGGGAGAGGAGGAGGAGGAAGAGGAGGAAGCGGGGAGGAGGAGCAGGGAUCGUCUUUGGGCGCUAAUUUGUCUAGAACACAACUACUGCUUCUCAGUGUAGAUCCCACACCCCAGCCCUCCCUAUCUUCUACCUUAACAUCCAUGUCCUUGGAGCCUUUACAAACCCCAAGCCCUCCUCAAGAGGAGGCAGCUGGGGGCCCAGAGGCUACAGAGGAAAUAGAAGCAACAUCAGCCAGUGUUCAGAGCCCCUGUAGUGGGCAAACAGAUAAGGUAGCUGACAAGCCUUCUCCAGAGCCUGUAGCUGUAGACACUGUAGCUGAGCCUUUGGCUGCCCAGCCGACCAGGCAAAGCCAGAUGCCUGAGUCUGCCGCUGCCCCCAUAGAGAGUUCAGACAAAAGUUGUGAAAAAAUCCCACUGGCCCCAACCUCAAUCCCAGAUUCCCUUCCUAGAUUUGGGGCUCAAGGUGUGGACGUUAUUCAGACGCUGGCAAGUUCCUGUCAGCCCAUAGAGAAGGAACAAGGGAAAGAGGCUGGAAUGGGUGGUGUUAUCCAGCAUGGUUCCCACCAUGUGGACGCCCAGGAGCCUCUCUCUCAUUCAGCUACAGAGAACCAACUUACAGACACAUCGUCUCCCCAGCAUAUUGUCUCUGAAGGAGAUAAAGAAGACGAGGCUGGGACACAUAGCGACUCCACAGAAACUGCUUCAGACUGUGAGGAUGAGUGCCAGGAAGAUGAGCAGCAGCAGCCUGACCAGGACUGGUGCCCCACACUGAGCACCCAGAGAAACAGCCAACUGGUCAGCUGCAGCCCUUCUCCUCAGAACCAGCAGCCAGUCAUCCAGGCCCAUGUUUCUGGUCGUCAAGGUCAGACCGUCAUUCAGCCUUGCUUCCCCAGCAACUUGUCUAACCCUUUACAGAGCCGCUCCCAUUGUCACGACCACCUGCCUCUUCCCCAAGCCCUCCCACAAGGCCUCAGGGAUGGCAACGUUGUGGUCAAAAUUGAACCUGGAGAUGAUUGCAGAACUGCCAGACAGAAUUCUGCUGAAGAAGAGUGCUGUGAAGGCCUAAAGCCCUCUGUCACUCAACUGACUGCAGCAGCUGCCUCCAAGAGAUUGGCCAACUCAGUCAGACCAGUGUCCAGUGUGGAGGCCAACAACCCUUUAGUCACUCAGCUGCUGCAGGGCAGCCUGCCACUGGAGAAAGUUUUACCCUCACACUCUGCCAACAGGCUGGAGAUUAGCCGAUUGCCAGAGGCACAACCCAGGCCACAACUAGCCAGGACACCUGGGCCUCGUCACAGGCCUGAGGCUUCAGCCCAGUCUCUUGCUUCAGAACUCAAUGCAGUUUCUCAGAGCCACAACAAGUCUCCUAUAGGCCGUCCAGUCUCGUGUCUGAUGGAGGCCCCAGCUGUAUCACAGCAUCAGUCUCAGCAGGCCCCUGGGGCUGUCCCAGUCAUCACUUCUCUGCCACCCUCCUCCUUCAGUGCUUUGUCCUCCAGAAGUAAGACAGACAUUAGCUCUCAGACUACAGUGGAGUCUGCUGUUAUCAAAGACUCCCGUGGCCCUCAGCCCUCACCAGGGACCACUCCAGACAGGCCCCAGCCACCCCACCGGACCAUGCCUAAUGGGCCAUCUCCCCCUCAUGCAGACACCUGUCCCACAGAGGUUUUACCUACUAUUAAGAUCAACUGGCGGCCCCAACAGUCUCAGCUCCUCCACCCUCAACAACAGCAAUUUUCUCCUGCACCUACCAUAAAGAAUGAAGUCGCUGCACGGCCCUCUUGCCAGGCUCUUGCCAAAUCCUCCCCCACUGUACCCAUGAGUAUUGCCAAAAAAGAGCAUGUGAGCUCUGUGGACAGCUUCCUUAGUGGAGGGGCAAUGGAGGGACUCCUCAAUAUGGAGAUGACUUUUGCCAGGAUGGCUAAGAAGGAGCAUGGCAAAGCUUCCUUUUCAUCUGGCUCUCCCUCCACCUCCUCCUCUUCCUCACCCUCCUCCUCUUCCUCCUCCCUUCCCUUCCAACUGUAUGGGAAGCUCCCCAAGAAAGCGGGCAGUGUUGGAGCAGUAAGCUACACAGCCAAUGUGUCAGUGAUGGACAAUGGUGGUUUCUCCAGGAGCAUGGCGGAUAGUGUGCUCCAGCUGCGUCCCCGCUUGACCUCCAGCCAGACCACCCUGAGCAUCCAGGCCUUUACUGACAGUACAGCUGAGGAGGUGGCACUCAAGUGCUCGUGCCGCCUCAAAGCCAUGAUCAUGUGCCAAGGCUGUGGUGCUUUCUGCCAUGACGAUUGCAUCGGUCCCUCCAAACUCUGCGUGUCAUGUCUGGUGGUUAGAUAGCAUGUUGAGGUCCUUGUGCACUGCCGCACUGCUUUCUGUGUACAGUAUCAGCAACAGGACUCAGGCUCAGUGGACAGAAGCCUGAUUUGGUCAGAGCACACAGGAGGCCCUAACAGGCUUGCCUUGUAUAAUGACUGGUCUGUAUUUUUUGUUGUUGCAGAAAUUCAGAUUUUUGUUGUUGUACUGCUAUUAUUAUUGUUAUUAUAAUUAUUAUAAUUAUUAUUGUUAUUGUGAAUUUGGGGCAUGAUUUAUUGUAAAUUGUGCCUUUUUUGUUUUCUCUCCUCAAAAACAUUUACCUCAUCUUAUCUUGCUCCACCUGUCAUCUUUUGGUGGCCAUAAUUGUUUUGGUCCCUUGUUUCCUCUGCAAACAGGGACUUAUUGUUAUCUCUUUGAUCAAAGAAGUAUUUUUUUAACCAUUAAAAUGAGUAAAUGGCA